UGUUAAAGCAAACUUAUUAGAACGUUCAUGUGUGAGAAGUUGGUGUCGACAUGUGUCUAAGGUCUAUGUCAGAAAUCGGAUUAGCUUAUUAAGUAAACUAUACUAUAUCAUUGUUAAUAUAGAUAAAAUAUCUAGUUCGUCCAAAUUAAACUAUUUUCAUAACUGCCACGUGGCGUAAACGUAUCCAUCGAGUCACUUGUAAUAUCUUUAUAACCAAAGUCUUCCAACACAUUCAUCACCAUCUAUCUACUCUUUACUCUCUUCUCUUCUCACAUCAAUUAUUCAUAGUUCUCUCUUCUCCGGCAAGAAAAGAUGCCUAUGAAGUCGUUGAGGAAUGACCAUGGAACCCUUAAGGCCAUGAUCGGAUCCGAUUUCAACGAGCUCACUAUCGCUGCUAAGAACCUAGCUACACACGCCUUCACACUCACUGGUUUAGGCUUUGGUACCUCUGUCCUCGAAUGGGUUGCUUCAAUCGCCGCCAUAUACUUGUUGGUGUUGGAUCGAACCAAUUGGAAGACGAAUAUGCUCACAUCACUUCUCAUUCCUUACAUCUUCUUCAGUCUUCCUUCCUUGAUCUUUGGUAUUUUCAGAGGAGAAAUUGGUAAAUGGAUUGCUUUCGUAGCUGUUGUUGUACAACUCUUCUUUCCUAAACACGCCAGAGAAUACCUGGAAUUACCGGUGGCUUUGGUUCUUCUCGCCGUGGUGGCACCAAAUUUGAUUGCUGGCACAUUCAGAGACAGUUGGAUUGGUUUAGCUAUAUGUUUAGGUAUUGGAUGUUACUUGCUUCAAGAACACAUUAGAGCUUCAGGUGGAUUCAGAAAUGCAUUUACUAAAGCCAAUGGUAUCUCCAACACCGUCGGGAUCAUCUGUCUCGUCGUCUUCCCCGUCUGGGCUCUUAUCUUUUAAGUUAACUCUUCAGUUUCUUUUUCCAUUUGUCUUUUUUUUUUCAUGUAAGAGUGAUUGCUUUGUACGAUCUGUCUCUCCUCGUAACUCUAUCAAUGAAUGUGAUUUGAAUAAGAAUUGCUUCAGCAAUAAGAUAUCAUCAUGAGGUGUUAGUGUGGAAUAAAUCUCCUCUUUCAUCAUUAU